CGCCAAGACAAGCAUGCACGAGCUCUAUCAUUUUCAAAUCAUGAAGGCACGCCUCUUCAGUUCAAAACUGCAUUUUGGUUGCAUUGAUUGCCUCUUCCAACCGAACCGAGCCCUCUAGGACAUCAUGAUGUCCCCAAGGUUUGAGCCGGAUCCUGUGGCGAUUCAAGAUGGAAUGCUGUCAUUUUCAAACUCUCCCGCCUCUUCAUCAGCAAACUCGUCGCCCCAUCCUCCUUUGCCUGAUGAGGUACUUCGAAGCUUCCAAUUCCGAAGUCAACAAAGAAUUGGCCACAGAAAUGGUGGUGCUGCUGAAGCUCGACCACGUGACACUGUCAGGAGCGUGGGGCCGUCAGUAAUAAACACUGAACAUUGCGACGCGACCGCGAGUUCAAACCAUGAAAAUCACACAGACAGCAGAGACGGAAGUGCUUAUUUUAUGUUCAGCGAUCAAGGACUUGACAUCAUCGCAGCCAAGCUUGAGGCCGUGGCGGAAGAGCUCGAGCGCAGAAGGAUCCGCGACGAGAAGAUCCGCAAGAUCGAAGCGUUGCGUGAACGGUGCAAGACUCUCGGCUUCAACAUCUCCCAGCAGGAUCUAGAGGCUUGGGCGAACGGGUCUGCAGCGACUUCUAGCAAAAGGACCCCAAACCAAGACGAAGCACAAGCACAAGCGGAUGAGCCUCAAAAUGUCGAUCCAGCGCCUGAGUCUGAGACUCGAUUCGCCCAAGAUUCAGAGGUCACGUUUAUAGAUGAUGACCGUACAGCCAACAGCUCGUCGGAUGCUCCGGCCCAGCCCCAGUCAUCUCCGCGUUCUUUGCGACGACGGCGUGGGCGAAAGAGAACCCAUAGUCAAGUCGAAGAACAGGAUACUGAUGCAGAUGGUGAGCACGACUCGGAUUACGUCGAGGCCAAUUGUCAAUCACCCUCUCCAGACCGAACUAUAUCCAUGCACUCCAGACACGGUGAAAGCGAAGCCCGAGACGGUCACGAGAAUCACACUCCCAUGGACCCUGUGAAUGGGGUCGCCCCGCGUACUGCCUGGUCUGUUCUUGUGGCCAAAUACCCUGAAGAAAUUGCUUUGACUUUUCGAGCGGGAGAGCUCCCAAAGAAUCGUCAAGUCAUGGCCAUGCUCGAUCUACCUGCCGUCAACACUUUGCUGGACAAUCCCAUGCGCAGGGCACGCUGUAAACCGUGGACCAUACAUGACGUCGGUUCAUCAAGACGUAUCGACCAUCUUGUCGCUGCUCUUACGCAAAUCGCGGGCACAGCCGCGCCCGAAGCCUGUGAUAAGUGCGAGAAAGGGUCUGGCCUCUGGAAGGGGUGUUAUACGAGGCCUCUAACGGGCGAAAAACUUAACGGCAAACCUGUUUGUGCCAACUGUAUGAUGCAAGGUAAUUCGGCAAAAUGUCGAUGGAAGCAGGGGCCAGCACUACCACCAACCGGAGUAACAGAGAUAUAACUACCUACUAACUAUCAUUACUACCGUGUCUCAAGGCUAAAAGAAAAAGGGGCCCACACUAGGA